AGCGGCCCGGGCGGUGGCGGCCCGGGUGGUGGCGGCGGCUCGGGGCGCGAGGCGGCGGCGGCCACGCUCCGGCCGGGUCCCCGCUGCUCCAGGCGGCGCCAUGGACGAGGCCGUGGGCGACCUGAAGCAGGCGCUGCCCUGCGUGGCCGAGGCGCCGACCGUCCACGUGGAGGUGCACCAGCGGAGCGGCAGCACUGCCAAAAAAGAAGAUAUAAAGCUGAGCGUUAGAAAGCUGCUCAACAGACAUAACAUUGUGUUUGGUGACUACACGUGGACCGAGUUUGAUGAUCCUUUUCUGAGCAGAAACGUGCAGUCUGUGUCUAUUGUUGACACAGAGUUGAAGGUUAAAGACCCACAGCCCAUCGACUUGGGUGCCUGCACGAUUUCACUUCACGUCUUCCAGCUGAAUGAGGGCGGCCCCAGCAGUGAGACUCUGGAGGAGGAGACCGAGAACAUAACUGCGGCGAGUCACUGGGUCCUGCCCGCAGCUGAAUUCCAUGGGCUUUGGGACAGCCUGGUAUAUGAUGUGGAAGUCAAAUCUCAUCUCCUCGAUUACGUGAUGACAACCUUGCUGUUUUCAGACAAGAACGUCGACAGCAAUCUCAUCGCCUGGAACCGGGUGGUGCUGCUUCACGGUCCUCCGGGAACUGGAAAAACAUCCCUGUGUAAGGCACUAGCCCAGAAAUUGACCAUCAGACUUUCGAGCAGGUACCGGUACGGCCAAUUAAUUGAAAUAAACAGCCACAGCCUCUUCUCUAAGUGGUUUUCGGAAAGUGGCAAGCUGGUAACGAAGAUGUUCCAGAAGAUUCAGGACUUGAUUGAUGACAGAGAUGCGCUGGUGUUCGUGCUGAUUGAUGAGGUGGAGAGCCUCACGGCCGCCCGCAACGCUUGCAGAGCAGGUACCGAGCCGUCAGAUGCCAUCCGUGUGGUCAACGCUGUCUUAACCCAGAUCGAUCAGAUUAAGAGGCACUGCAACGUGGUGAUUCUGACCACUUCCAACAUCACGGAGAGGAUCGACGUGGCCUUCGUGGACAGGGCUGACAUCAGGCAGUACAUCGGACCGCCCUCUGCAGCAGCCAUCUUCAAAAUCUACCUCUCCUGUCUGGAAGAACUGAUGAAGAGUCUCGUCUGGUGGUGGCGUUUCCCAGAUGGCGGUGUGUCUUGUGGCUCACGUUGAAAGCCGGACACCUGUGCGGGGUAAGUGGCACCGAGCGAGGAAGGCCUUUCUGAUGGGCUUUGUGUUCUUUUGGCCAGAGACAGGCUGCGCUUGCCGGUGGCCUCGGCACCAGGGCUCAGAGGCCGUGUCGCCUCCCCUUCUGGCUCUGGGCGUCCCUGUGUCUGCAGGCGGCCACACGUGCGGGACGGAGCAUCUGGGACCUUUCCUCCAGGGCACAGCGUCCCACACUCAGCCCAGGCCUGCCCUGAUGGGGACCAGUCACCGUGGGGACUGAGCCCUCCUCUCAGGUGGAGGUGUUUGCAUCCUCACCAGGAGAACCUGGUAUGGUUCCUGGAGGCAAAACCGUGAAGAUGUGGAGUCUGUCCUUGCUCAGCCUUCGUCAACUCGUGAAAAUGACCGUCAGGUGUUUCUGCCAGUUUCUGGGUGCCAGUGACCCUCUGUCUCCGUAGACUCAAAGUGGCUGUUUCCCUGUGACCUCAGUCCUCUGGUGUGGACGAGGACAGUGUGAGGACCAUCCUUCUCACGGGGUCCAGGACGCGGGACCCUCCCCCACCACCCCUGUCUGGGGAGAAGCCGGGGUGGUUCUGCCGUUACCUGGGGGCCAGAGACUUUGCUCCCGAAGGACAGGCUGGUCCUACCUUCCGUGCCCGCCCUGUCCUGUGGUGACCCUUCUACCUCCUGUCCCCCUCACGGCUUCCCCUCCAACUGCAGGUGGGGCUGGAGGGCACACGGGUUUUCAGGCACGUCAGGGGCUUGGCCCCCAGGAGACGUGCAGGGACCUGAGGUGUCCUUCCCUCUCCCAAUACCCCCCUGCCCCUGGACCCCACACAUCCUGCAACCCAGGGCCAUAUAGGACAGACGUGGGCUGACUUGGGCAAGGCAGCACCUGACUGUGACAUGGCAAGUCUGGGCCUGGGUGUCCAGCUGGUGGCCGCCAACCGCCGGGCCUGUGGGGCCCCUGAAACCUGCCCUCCGCAGACAUGUGGAAGGACACAGUGCAGGGCAAGGGACGCAGAGCAUCUUGGCAACAACUUUACAUUUCGGUUACAUUUUGGCCAAAAUUAUACUUGGGGUACGUUGGCUUAAAUGGCAUAUUAUUAAAGCUAAUGACAUCUGUUUCUUUUGGGGCUUUUAUUUAUUUUUAUGUUUAUUUUUGAGAGAAAGAGAGGGAGACAGAGCGCCAGCAGGGGAGGGGCAGAGAGAGAGGGAGACACAGAAUGAGAAGCAGGCUCUGGGCUCUGACCUGUCAGCACAGAGCCCAACGUGGGUCUUGAGCUCCUGGACCAUGAGAUCAUGACCUGAGCUGAAGUCGGACGCUCAACCGAGCCACCCAGGCGCUCGUUUUUGUUUUUGUUUUAAUGUGACUAUUAGAAAAUCUAGUUUUAUAUAUGUCUUGUGGUGCAUUCUCUUGGAUGGGCUAGUCCUGACAGAACCAUCUGGGUGAUGAAUCCUUGCGCCUUUGAUUUAUGAAUAAAGUUUUUGAGGAAGAUAAUGCAAAGGACUUUGCUAAUUUUGUGGUCCUGCCUGGAAAGGCUCAUGGUACCAGUUCACUAAAUUAUAAACAUUACAGUCUUGGGUAAGAUGUUGCACAUAGAGACAACCUUGGCCCACAGGUGGACGGACACGCGCACACACGUCCAGGUGCAGGCAGAGAAGCAGAGGGUCCACGCUGCGGAGACACAGUGAGGCCUCCCUGAGAGCCGACCCCGUGGCCAGGGGCCGCCCCCAAGCCCUGCACGCCGCUUGCGGUGGGUGGGGGAGAAGGCCCACGGCCCCACUAGGGCGUCCCCUCCCGAGGCUCUAGGAAGAUGGGCACUGGACAGGCUGUCAGCCCUGGAGGCCCUGAGGGCCGCCCUUGCAGGGCACCCUGUUGGGUGAAGGCUGGCAGGUCCUGGAGAGCAGCGUGCCCGUCUUGCUGGCUCACAGGUUUGUGUUCGUGGCUUCGCACAUGGUGCGGCAGACCCGGGUAUCAAAAAGCAUACUUUUUGGGGCACCUGGGUGGCUCAGCUGGCUAAGCGUCCAACCCUUGAUAUCAGUUCAGGUCACGAUCUCAUGGUUGUGAGAUCGAGCCCCACGUUGGGCUCUGUGCUGACGGCACGGAGCCUGCUUGGGGUUC